AUGUUGUCGCUUCAGAGACUUGGAAGGCGACCACUGGCUGGGGUUGCCGCUCAAUAUCCACCACUUACCACUCGACUCUUCUCCGUCUCAACCGCUUUCCGAAAUGGCCCCGUUUCCGCCCCCGGAACAACACCAAGGAAGCCUCACACCAUUGAUCCGCGAUGGCUGACCCUGACCAAGCGAAGAAUCGGUAGAUGUAUGAUGUUCGGCUUGAAACCCCCGCAGAUUAAAGAGGCAGGGGAAAUACUACAGCAAAUUGCAAGGGACUGGCGAGAAUUGAUCGCUGGCAGCGAAGGCUAUUUGACAGAUGAGACCCGAAGGGGGCUAUUUCAACAAAGCGUCGCGUGGGGAGAGAUGCAUGGACAUGUGAACAACGUCACAUACCCCCGAUAUGCAGAGACGGCGCGCGUGUACUAUACCCGCAACUUUGCCAUGCAUAUAGACCCGGCCCAUAAGACAGAGUGGUUGAACCUUGUCAGCUCUAAGGGCAUCGGACUUAUUCUUCGAAGUAUCACAAUCGACUACAAAUUUCCUAUGACUUACCCCGAUAAAGUUACGGUAUAUCAUAAGCUGGUUCACGAUCCGACAUCCCCUGAUGCACCUCGUCAUGGGUUCUAUCUACAUGCGAUGAUAGUCUCCGAGGCUCGCCAACGGCCCGCUGCCCGUGUUUCCGAGGAUCUGGUCAUGUAUGACUACAAGGCAAUCAAGAAGGCGGAGCUUCCGCCGUUUGUCAUGGAACAGUUCAAAUCCACCUGGGAUCUCCAAGAGCAAGCCAAGAAAUACUGGCAGGAGCGCAUCCUUGAUAUAGAAACAAGGGUCCGCACAUUGGAAACAGAGAGCUGGGACCGGGAAGAUGCGGUCGAGGAUACCGGAUCUGCGAAGCAGUGA